AUGGUGCUAAAUCUACUCUUUAUAACGACUGUGAUAAAAUCCACCUUUGGUGUGGUAACUACGGGCCUCUGGCUUAUUCCCCUAAUACUGGCCGCCAUUACCUAUUACAAAUACGAUAAUGUGGAUCCAGAAUCGAGAGUUUUCGAUCAAACGAAUAUAUACAGGGAAUAUGAUUUUAUAGUGGUGGGUGCUGGUUCCGCGGGAGCAGUGGUGGCCAAUCGUUUAAGUGAAGUGCGCAAAUGGAAGGUUUUACUUAUAGAAGCUGGACCCGAUGAAAAUGAAAUAUCAGAUGUGCCCUCACUGGCCGCUUAUUUGCAGUUGAGCAAAUUGGAUUGGCAGUAUAAAACGGAACCCUCGAAUAAGGCCUGUUUGGGCAUGAAAAAUAAUCGCUGUAAUUGGCCGCGUGGCAAGGUAUUGGGUGGUUCCAGUGUCUUAAACUAUAUGCUGUAUGUCAGAGGCAAUCGUCAUGACUAUGAUCACUGGGAGUCGUUGGGUAAUCCCGGUUGGGGUUAUGAUAGCAUUUUGAAAUACUUUAAGAAAUCCGAAGAUAACCGCAAUCCCUAUUUGAAUAAGAAUCCUUAUCAUGGCAAGGGUGGCCUCUUAACUGUGCAGGAAUCACCCUGGCAUUCGCCUUUGGUGGCGGCUUUUGUAGAGGCUGGCACUGAGAUAGGUUAUGAAAAUCGUGAUAUUAAUGGUGAAAUACAAACCGGUUUUAUGAUAGCCCAGGGUACCAUACGUAGAGGUUCACGCUGUAGUACCGCCAAGGCUUUCUUAAGGCCCAUUAGAAAUCGUCCCAAUUUUCAUUUAUCCAUGAAUUCUCAAGUUACCAAGCUGUUGAUAGAACCCGGUACUAUGAGGGCCAAGGGAGUAGAAUUUGUUAAGAAUGGUCAAGUUAUGAAAGUGUACGCCAAAAGAGAAAUCAUUUUAUCAGCUGGUGCCAUUAAUACGCCUCAGAUAAUGAUGUUAUCGGGUAUAGGACCACGUUCCCAUUUGGAACAACAUGGCAUUAAGGUUUUACAAGAUUUACCGGUAGGGGAAAAUCUACAAGAUCAUGUGGGUAUGGGAGGUUUAUCUUUCCUGGUCGAUAAGCCCGUUUCUAUAGUACAGGAUCGUUUUAAUCCCACCGCUGUAACUUUCCAAUAUGUCUUAAGAGAACGGGGACCCAUGACUACUCUGGGAGGUGUAGAAGGUUUAGCUUUUGUGCACACACCCUAUUCUAAUAGAUCUAUAGAUUGGCCUGAUAUACAAUUUCACAUGGCUCCUGCUUCGAUUAAUUCAGAUAAUGGCGCUCGUGUUAAAAAGGUAUUGGGUUUAAAGGAAUCGGUUUAUCAAGAAGUUUACCAACCCAUAGCUAAUAAGGACACUUGGACUAUAAUGCCUUUACUGUUAAGACCCCGUUCUAGAGGUUGGGUUAAGCUAAGAUCAGCCAAUCCUUUUGAGUAUCCCAAAAUCAAUGCCAAUUACUUUGAUGAUCCUUUUGAUGCCAAGACCUUGGUGGAGGGAGCCAAAAUUGCUUUGCGUGUGGCCGAGGCCAAAGUUUUCAAACAGUUUGGUUCUCGUUUAUGGCAAAAAGCAUUACCCAAUUGCAAGAAAUUUAAAUUUCUCUCCGAUGAUUAUUUAGAUUGUCAUGCCCGUACUAUAUCCAUGACUAUAUAUCAUCCCUGUGGUACAGCUAAAAUGGGUCCUGCAUGGGAUCCUGAAGCCGUAGUAGAUCCUAGAUUAAGAGUUUAUGGUGUUAGAGGUUUAAGAGUUAUAGAUGCCAGCAUAAUGCCCACCAUUAGUAGUGGCAACACUAAUGCCCCUGUCAUAAUGAUUGCUGAAAAGGGAGCCGAUCUAAUUAAAGAAGAUUGGUUCCAUAAUCCCGAAUACAAAAUCGUAAAUAAAAGUUAGCGCAGCUUAAUAACUCAUAAAUAAAUUAAACUAUGUUUCAGAGUAUAGUUCUCGAGACCUCCAAAUAUUUGAUUACUGUCAUUAACCAAAGGUUGUCCACUUGUUAUUAAUUAUAUAUUGUCAUUAUUACUAUUACAAAUUGUUGUAAUAGCAUUUUUCACAUUCAGGGGGCAUUAGCUUUACAAAAACAACUA